UUUGCAACGUCGAGCCGUAGACCGACGGUGAUUCUAGUCGUUUGGUCGCCAGCUAGCUUUUCCGCAAUCAACCUUCUAAUCACCGCCACUAUGAAUCCGGAGGGCUUCUUGCCACAGAAGCCGUUGCCAGAUUUUGUUGUGGGGAUGGGCCAAGCGGUCGCGAACGCUGUCAAGCUGUCAACAGGCAUGGACAUACCUUACCAAGAGGGUCUCAUGCUAAUCGUGAGCACGAUCGUCAUGGCAGUUUCAAUCGGUAUCUGGAUUGUGAUUGACGCCGGGAACCGAGCAGACAGAAAGGCACACCUUGCCGUCCUGGAGUCACGAGCAGCGCACAGAACAGCUGCAGCGGCGGCAGCAGCCGCGGCUGCGGCUGGCGGCUCAGCAGGCUUCGGAGCGACGGCGCCCGCGCCGCGCCGCACAUCGACCGAUCUUGAGCGACUGAACGAGCUUGCUCGCGCGCUUGCGGUGGCUGAGGGCCGCGACCCGGGGCCGAGCGUGGAGGCCGGCGCGGGCUCAGGGGUGCCAUUCGCGGGUGCUGGCAGCGCACAUGCCGAGAAGCGGUAUUCAAAGGACCCCGCACACAGCUCCAGCCUGCGGAGGCGUGGGGCUUGAACGGGCAGUUACGGCCGUCUCGGGGUUGCGCCGGGUCCAAGUUGACACUGACCGUGCGGCCUCAUGCGCAAGUAACGGCGACAGGUGCUUGUCGUGCUUGCGCUCUGACCAUCGAAUGUGGCAGCUGCUGGAAGAAUGCAUUUAUUUUUUGUGUAUCGGGGGGGUGCUUUAGUUACACGAGUGCACGGGAGAGGUAUGCUGCUACAGUCUGCAUUGCGGCGUACAAUUUGUGCCACCAUGGCACGAAGAAGAAAUAAGAACGUUUUGACAUAAUACCUGGAGCACUGAAUGAUAUUGAUAUGUUCGUCCGUACGUCAGCCCGUCUUGAGUCUGCACCUGUCUGCACCAGACCAGGACGAUGCUGUGGCGUCGAACUAAGCUACAAGCGGCUCUGGCGGUUAUCUCGCAACACAGAAAGGCAGCAUUGCUGUACUGUCCGUACGACUUUUGCCUGGCUGCCCAACAAUUGAAGUACUAUGAGCAUAUUGUAGGGCAGGGGCAUGCACUGAUACAUACUGCAUUAAUGCACUGACCUGGGCACACACUUGGCUGGCUACACGAAAUCCACUAGAAGUUCUGCAGUGCGUAUGAGGCUUGCUUGGUGCAGUUAGGGAAGGCAUGUGUUGCAACAACUGCAGCGUGAUACUGGUAAAUGCGUGUACGGAACCGUCGCUUGCUGGUAGCGCCCACUGGUGUGAGGGCGCCAGCUGGCCAAAGACAUCUCAUGUUAUAAGCGCCGCUGCCGUAGUGAACCAUAAGUCGCGUGGCUGGAUUGCCUGGGAAGAGGUGAAAGAGUUCGCAUACCUGCAAUUUGUUUUUGUGCCAUACACGCCCUUUUGCUGACUUACGGCUCCAGCUACGGUACGUAACUAUACGUGUGGAGGGGCAACCCGUUAACGAGACUGUUGGGGGCGUGGUUAUACCGUAUGUGUAGGGUGCGUUGUCACGACAAACUUAACGGCAGUGAGAUCAACCUGGCAAUCCGUGGUGCGGCUGGGCAUGGUCAUUUUGAUCUUGGGGCGUUGCGUGGUCUUGCUCGUGGCUCCGGCUGUGCGUCGCCCGCUAUUAUUGCCGGUGGACAGCUGGGACAAAUGGGAGGCCGAAGUCGAUGCACUUGCGGCGGUUACGAGUCACAUUGAAGUUGAUGGCGUUGUACGUAUGUGGGUGGUGAUGCAUUCUAAGAGAACCUGCGAGCGGGCGGACGGCAACUAAUGUGCUCCCUGCGUAGGUCUGCACCAAAGGGCGACAGCGAACACUGUGCACAACGUCCUCAAUAUCAUUUAGCAGUAUACACAGACGGGGAUAGUAUGCGGAAUAGGCAGCUUGGUGGAAGGGAAUGGUGUCCUUGUGCCACGUGAACCCAAUGUUGUUUCUGCGGCGGUUGCGCCUGCGCCGGAAUGGCCGGACCGAGCACUCGCACCCUUGCCUAGAGUGGCACGGUGGGACUAGCUAGGUGUUUGCAGGCUUGCGUCGCUUGCCGUACAUGCUCAACAGUACCGCUUUCCAAGCUAGCUUGGGGCUUCGGUCUUGGCGGCCUCUGGUUAUCUUCAAUGCUCUGACCCUUAGCAAACCCUGGACGUUUGCGGCUUGGUCUUCAUCAGUUGUUGGGUUUAGCCCUUUGCGCCGCUCUCAAUUAAUGCAAAGUCCGUGCUUUCGGGGCAGCAAUCCAGGGGAAGGGCGAAGCCUCCCAGGAACAACCCGUCACGGUGUGUCGUAGCUGUGUGCAUUAGAGUACGUUGGAGUACUUAAGGCGAUUUAUUGCUGUUGCCUGCUGUGCUUGUGCUUGACAGUGGGACGCGGCUGGCGAGCCAUGCCUGUACAGCGGCGACCCCGGCAAUGUCCGGGAGAUGAGGUAGACGCUUGCGGCCUCAGACUGGAGACGUGGCGUGGGCUCAGCCAACUUUUCCCUUGCGAGGGAAGACCACCCUUUUCUUCGUAUGCACCACACAUUAAGAAACACGAGCUCGG